GUCCGGUAACGGGAUCGUGAGUAUGCGGCUGGCGAGACUGGGUUGGGAUGUCUACUCGCCAUCCAUAUAAAACCAAUGCGGAGACUUGCUGUUCACAGUCAGCUCAGAAUUGUACGGAUGAUGACAAUAAGUAGCUAACAUUGUGACAGUAUAGGGAUUGGAAUGCAAUCAAAUUGUUGGACAUUUGUUCAUCAGUGGAAUUCAAUAGGCUUAACUAGCUAAUAAUAGCGGCCGGCUAUUUUCCACUCAUAUUUUCUUAACCGUGGGACACUGAACAAAUAUUAAAAUGGUCAUCAUUACAAAGAAAUUGAAGACCUUUGAGGUCGUUUUCCAUGAUCCUACUAAGGCUUUCUACUCCAGUGGUGACAAGGUAUCCGGGAAUAUUGUGGUUGAGGUGUCCGAGGUGACCAAGGUGUCCGCUAUGAGAGUGUUUGGAAUUGGAUGCGCAAAAGUGGAGUACGCGAAAGGAAAGCACAGAUGCCGUGAAGGCAUUGAAUAUCUGAAAUACGAAGAUACCGUUUAUCUGGACCACCAGCCUAGAGAUUCCAAUGGCUCGGUCACUCUCAGACCAGGGAACAGAUAUGAGUACAUGUUUGGCUUCGAGCUGCCACAUGCUGGGCAACUGGUGUCGUCCUACAAGGGGAAGUUUGGCUGUGUCCAGUAUUAUGUCAGGGCUGUGAUGGAGAGGCCUUCCCAGCCUGCUUUGCAGUGCGAGAAACACUUUGAGGUGGAGGAGCCCUUGGACGUCAACACCCCUGACCUCCUGGCUCCAGCUGCAGGUACAAAGGAGAAGAAGCUCACCUGCAUGUUCAUCCCAGAUGGACAUGUGUCCAUCAGUGCCAAGAUCGAGCGCAAGGGCUUCUGCGAGGGCGAGGACAUCUGCAUCAAUGCAAAGUUUGAAAACACCUGUUCACGUAUCGUGGUGCCCAAGGCAGCCAUCAUGGUCAAGCACACCUACCAGGCCAAUGGCCGGACCAAGGUCCUGGGGCAGAAGCUCUCAGUCGUGAGGGGCAACCAUAUCAUCUCGGGCAUGUGUGACAUGUGGCAGAGCAAGACCAUCCGAGUGCCUAGGCUCAAGCCCUCACUCCUGGGGUGCGACAUCAUUCACGUGGACUAUGCCCUCAGGAUCUAUGUCCACAUUCCCGGCAGUGACAAGGUGGUCCUAGAGUUGCCCCUGGUCAUCGGGAACAUCCCCUUCAAUGGCUUUGGCAGCCGCACCAACAGCAUGAGCAGCCAGGCAGAGUCCCUGAACACCCCCUUCAGUAGCUUUGGGUCGCUGUGCCUCCCGUCACAACCCCCCAGCUACAGCAACAUCUCUCGCGACUGCCGUAUCGACUCCGCCCUCACACCUCUGCUGGUCAACUACGACGCAGAUGAGGAUGAAGGACUGUUCAUGCGCGCCCCCGAGCUUUGGUACCCUCCUCCCCCUGCCUACACCGAGGUUGACGAGGAUCUCAAACAGCAAUGGCCAUGUUCUUCGGGUCUGCUGAACCACGAGUAAGAGUUGCAAUUAAUCCCCGUUGUAGUCUAAGCACUGGUGGUUAGCCUUAGUGAGAUCGGGGAACGGACUGGUGACUGGUUAAAGAGCAGCACAGCUGUGAAGCAGAAAGAGUAUGGGACCCUAGCCCUGAAGACUCUUUCAAGGAACAGAACUGAGAUGUGGACUUGAGAGUCAAGUUGAAGUGAAACUAUUCAGGUUGAAUGCGUAUGGAUUGUAGAUGUUGGUGUCCACUCCACAUUCACUAUCACCAUUGCAGUCUUCAGAAACUGAUCGUUCUACAGUUGAAGUCGGAAGUUUACAUACACUUAGGUUGGAGUCAUUAAAACUAGUUUUUCAACCACUCCACAAAUGUAUUAUUAACAAACUAGUUUUGGCAAGUCGGUUAGGACAUCUACUUUGUGCAUGACACAAGCCAUUUUCCAACAAUUGUUUAGAGACAGAUUAUUUCACUUAUCAUUCACUGUAUCACAAUUCCAGUGGGCCAGAGGUUUACAUACACUAAGUUGACUGUGCCUUUAAACAGCUUGGAAAAUUCCAGAAAAUUAUGUCAUAGCUUUCGAAGCUUCUGAUAGGCUAAUUGACAUCAUUUGAGUCAAUUGGAGGUGAACCUGUGGAUGUAUUUCAAGCCUACCUUCAAACUCAGUGCCUCUUUGCUUGGCAUCAUGGGAAAAUCAGAAGAAAUCAUCCAAGAUCAAAUUUUUAAAAAUGUAGACCUCCACAAGUCUGGUUCAUCCUUGGGAGCAAUUUCCAAACGCCUGAAUGUACCACGUUCAUCUGUACAAACAAUAGUACGCAAGUAUAAACACCAUGGGACCACGCAGCCGCCAUACCGCUCAGGAAGGAGACACGUUCUGUCUCCUAGAGAUGAACAUACUUUGGUGCGAAAAGUGCAAAUCAAUCCCAGAACAACAGCAAAGGACCUUGUGAAGAUGCUGGAGGAAAUGGGUACAAAAGUAUCUAUCCACAGUAAAAAGAGUCGACAUAACCUGAAAGGCCUCUCGGCAAGGAAGAAGCCACUGCUCCAAAACCGCCAUAAAAAAAGCCAGACUACGGUUUGCAACUGCACAUGUUGACAAAGAUCAUACUAUUUGGAGAAAUGUCCCCUGGUUUGACAAAAAUAUAACUGUUUGGCCAUAAUGACCAUCGUAUAUGUUUGGAGGAAAAAGGGGGAGGCUUGCAAGCCGAAGAACAACAUCCCAACCGUAAAGCACAUUUCAAGACAUCAGUCAGGAAGUUAAAACUUGGUCACAAAUGGGUCUUCCAAAUGGACAAUGACCCCAAGCAUACUUCCAAAGUUGUGGCAAAAUGGCUUAAGGACAACAAAGUCGAGGUAUUGCAGUGACCAUCACAAAACCCAGACUUCAAUCCUAUAGAAAAUGUGUGGACAGAACUGAAAAAUAAUGUGUGAGCAAGGAGGCCUACAAACCUGACUCAGUUACACCAGCUCUGUCAGGAGGAAUGGGCCAAAAUUCACCCAACUUAUUGAGGGAAGCUUGUGGAAGGCUACCCGAAACAUUUGACCCAAGUUCAACAAUUUAAAGGCAAUGCUACCAAAUACUAAUUGAGUGUAUUUAAACUUCUGACCCACUGGGAAUGUGAUGAAAUAAAUAAAAGCUUAAAUAAAUAAUUCUCUACUAUUAUUCUGACAUUUCACAUUCUUAAAAUAAAGUGGUGAUCCUAAUUGACGUAAAACUGAAUUUUUACUAGGAUUACAUGUCAGGAAUUGUGAAAAACUGAGUUUAAAUGUAUUUGGCUGAGGUGUAUGUAAACUUCCGACUUCAACUGUAUGUCUGUCUGUAACCCUCUAGUCAUUCCACGGUAGUUCUGUACCUCAGUGUGUUCGAGCAUUUUGACAGUUGACAUAUUCUCUCAGAGGAAUGAAACAAUGUUAGAAUUCACAUCCAUACAUUGAGUGUGCACAGCUAUCAUUUUAGGUCAGACAGAUACAAUGCUGUGACCAUGCAAAAGUAGUGAAGGGAUAGAAAGUUUCAAUUUUAUAUUCUGUUGCACUUUAUGUUAAUAUCAUUGGCUCUUAAUUAGAUAAUUAAAAAUGACAUAUUUUUGUAUUCAUAAUAUUCUUCCAGAUUAUACUAGGUCAUUUUACAAUAAUGUUAACUCAGUGGUUUAUGGUAGAAGAGAGUGACUUUUCAUGGUAAUGACCAAGCUUGCCGAAUGGGAAUGACUAAAUGGGAGAUCUACAUUAUGUUUUGAAUUUGGGUAUGUGAAAAUGCGAGAAGUAUUUUAUACGAGGAGAACCUAUGGGUAGGUUUUCUAUGCAAAGAAAAAAUAUUAAAUUCUGAAUUGUU